AUGCAUUCACACCCUUAUUAUCCCCUCGGUCUGGAAAUUCCAGACUACCAAGAAAAUGAGAACGGUCUCUUGAAUAUAGUGGGAACGUUUUCCAUUGGACUGGCCUUCUCAUUAUGUGUGAUUCUGGGAUUGGCGAUAUACCGAUGCCCUUCAAUGAGCUAUGGGGAUAGGUUGACCAUACUAUGGUUCGCACUGUCCGGGAUUCUUCACUGUUUCUUCGAAGGGUACUUUGUCACUCAUCAUGAUCGCAUGGGCCCCGCGCAGGACAUUUUCGGUCAACUCUGGAAAGAGUAUGCCAAAUCCGACUCUCGGUAUUUGGUCUCGGACUCUUUUGUUGUUAGUAUCGAGACGAUCACAGUGUUCCUCUGGGGCCCUCUAUGUCUCUAUGUGGCAUAUUUGACCACCAUCAACCACUCACUCAAACACCCUCUACGAGUCAUUAUUUGUAUGGCUCAUCUGUAUGGAGACACCUUGUACUAUGCCACGAGCCUCUAUGACUAUUAUGUGAAUGGGAUAUCGCACAGUCGGCCCGAGGUGCUGUAUUUCUGGGUGUACUAUUUUCUGAUGAAUUUUGUCUGGAUCGUCGUGCCUGCUUAUCUCCUUUACAAUAGCAUCUGCCUGAUUUCUCAGGCCAUGAAGAGACUGGACAACGCAGAGUAUACGCUAUAUGGAAGUUUUGACAGUAUUCCUAAGCAGCAUGCGCGACACUGUCCGCCAGUGCUGAUUGUUGUUAUACAAAUGCCCCCUCCUGUUACCCCGCGCCAAAAUGCUGGUCCUGGGCGCGAUGGCGCCAGGUCCAGUCCGACAAAACAGAAUUCCCUCGAUAUCGGCAAGGCUCUAGGGCCCCAUGACUCCAACUCUGUGCGCGAAAAGGUGCGGAUGUGGCAGCAGAAAGGAGGUGGUGUUGCCACAGUCGAGGAUCCCUUGGCCGACGUUGCAGACGAUGAAAGCAGCACCCCAACUCCACGAAACAAGCCUGCAAAAACGCCAGAGCCUCGCAAGGUUACAACGCGCGUCAAGACGGUGGAUAAUACUGCACCGACUGUCAAUAAUAGUGGGAUCAGAAAACGAAGCCAGAGUACGCCGAGGAAACGAGUGGUGAGCGAUCAACACUGGCGGGCUCAGCGCAGUCCGUCUAGGAAUUCCAAGACAACCAAAGCGCCGGCGCCGAAUCGAAUUACAAACUACCAGACAAACGAAAGUUUUAACUCGUCUUCAACUUCCUUACCGAGCAAAAGGGCUCAUCGGAAAGACAAUGGGUCGGAUCUGGGAAGUGGUGCGAAAACAGACACGGAAGACUUGAGAUCGUCCACAAGCGCCUCAGCCUUUCAGAAAAAACAACGCGCGAUCAAGACUACCAAGUACAUUUACAUAGAGGAUGGGUUGCGUUCCGAUAAGGAGACGUUACACGAUCGCGAAUCCUCAGAAAUCUCAAUACACGUUGAAGAACCCGCCGAAAGUGUGCUCGAAGGCAUGAGACGGACUACACCACCACCCAAAGAUGACGAUGAUUGGGCUGGCAGCGAGGCCAAUUUCUCCGAGCUGUCUCGAAGAAGACGGCGCGGUGCACCUGCACCUCGGGAGACAUUACGCGAUGCACGGAAGCCCAAGGGCGGAAUCCUGACUCAGGUGCUUGAUGAGUCUAGAAAGAUGUUUGCAAAGCCAGCGCCUCCACGUCCCUCCCCUGUUGUGAACAGAGGUAACAAAAUAGCAGCAUGGUUAUCCGCUCAGCCGGAUCCGUUUGUAGAUAACAAUGACGAUGCACCGGUGGAAAUACCCGCGCCGCUUAAAAUGAGGUCGAGGGCGGCGACAACCCGACGUUUAUCGCGAGGCUCAGAGUCUAGGAUUACCGAGGAGAUGGGCGAAGUGUCUACCGCAACCGAUGAUCAACCGCUAAAUGACAAAGCAAGUGGAAUAUCAGAUACUCCGCGUCGCUCAAGUGUCGAUAAAGGCCGGGAAUCUCUGACACCGAAGCAAAAAGAACGGGCAGCAUCGACUCGGAGAAGGGGCAAAUCGGAAACCUCAGUAGCAAAUUUGACUAAAUCAUUUGAGAACACUGCAUCCACGCCAACCAAAGCUUCGCAGGCCCGAGACAAGAUCAACAAUAAGGAAUAUGAUGUGUCUGACAAUGGCUCAGAGGUAUCUGAUAGAGAUAUUAUUCUCCCUUUGCGGUUGAGACGACCUUUCCCAAGCACUGGCAUGCACCAGCUUUCUACUAUCGCAUCAGAGGAAACAUUGAGUAGCACCGUGAUUGAUAGAUCAGUCCUUGGAAGUGAAACAAAUCUGUCAAGAUCAGAGACAGGCUCAAUCCAUGAAAUAGACGAUGAGAAACGGGAUCACUUUGAUCCAAACUCGCUUCCGAAAUUCGAGACUGGACUUCAGCGACGGUUGACAAAACAUUCCGAUCUGAUAUCCAUUCUGUCCAAUCCCAAAUCUACGAGACGCAGUGUACGGUCUUCCCGGAGUAUCAGAAGCAGCCGAACACGAUUGGAAACAGCUACGAUCACGGAUUUGAUGGUGGAGCUUUCCGCCGAUGAAACAAAGUAUAUGCGGGAACUUCGGACGCUGGUCGGAGGUGUCAUCCCCGUUCUGUUGAGUUGCGUUCUUUCGCGAUCCGACUCCGCCAUUGCUGCCGGACUCUUCAGACCUUCAGCAGACCCCAAAGAUGACAUCAACUUUACCAGACCAAUUGUCGAUAUGGGUGUUGCUCUAGAACGCCUCAAGACGCUACACAAACGUAUUCCUCUGGAUGAAUCUGAGGCUCUACUGGCAUGGGCUCAAGGCGCUCAGAGGGUGUAUCGCGAUUAUCUCAAAGCUUGGCGUAUGGGAUUCCAAGAUGUCGUUGUGAAUCUUGCUCCUCCAGACGAAGAGGAGUCAGACAAACUGGAAACGCAUAGUCUAGACCAAGGCAUGGAACGAGACGAAAACGGGGAUGUUAUCGAUGCGGAUGGCGAGAAAGUGGAUGUUGCAUACCUGUUGAAAAGACCCCUCGUGCGGUUGAAAUACUUAUCAAAGACUUUCAAAGGCAUGGAUUAUGUGGCGCAUUCACCAAAAGCCCAACAAGUGGCUGAAACAUAUCGGGAACUCGUCGAACAAGCGCGAUGCCGGUCAAACGAAGAACGUGCUCGACUAGAAGAUGAAUCUGCUGCAUAUAUUGAUAGUACCAGCGCACGAAGUCUGGAUACUUUGGCAGUUCUCUCUGAUGUGAUCGUUGAUAAGACACGGCGGGUGCUUGCUCGUGACUUUUUCAAUCUAUCACUAAUACACUCAAGUGGCCAAAUGAUUGAUUGCCACGCAGAGUUGUUGCUCAGAGACAACGCCGCUGAUGCCGGCACUGGAGGCGACUUACUAAUAUGCGAAAUUGACGAUACCGACCGCUGGCUUUUAUUCCCUCCAAUUGAAAGAAGCUGUGUCUCUGCUCGAAAUGGUGAUCUCAAAGGUGAAGUUGUCAUCUUGAUCCGCGGUAAAGCUACAACCGACGAGGGUGAAUGGCAGGAGUUACUAUCCUUGACUAUUGAAGACGAGGAUGUUGGCUUUGAAUGGGUCAACAUGCUAGGCUUGGAUCCAGUACCUCCAGCCCUACCCAGAAGUAAGAAGUUCGUCGAGCGUUCAAAGAGUCGAAGGCCUAAUGCCGGCGAUGAAAACAAGGCUGGUUUUCCACCUCCAACUAAGUUGAAGUUGCGUUUGCCAAGCCAAAGCGAAGUCGACGUGCCAAUUGGUGAAGCCAGCGUCGUUAGUCAUGCUGGAAAGAGCUCGACCACCAAUAGUUCCGGACCCAGCAUGCUGAGUUCACUUUCCGAUGCAACCUCCGGUAACUCAUCGGCUUCAGAUAUUACUAGAGCAUCAGACUAUGCAUUAAUUGACGCCCCUCAAACACCUGCGUCUCCUGAUGCUCGGACAACAUUGCCUUCUGCCAAAGAGCUCAGUGAUAAGAAGAGAACCAUCGAUGGAAACGCAUCGCCUGGCCUGAAACGAACCAAAGCAAAGAGACGCUCUCGUCAUGCUGAACAGCUCACUCCAACAGAUACGACACCAAGACCUUCUCUUGCCCCGGAAACAGAACAGGAUGUCGAAUCCCCAAAGCCAACUCCAAAAGCUGCCGCACGCUUCUAUGCCGGUAACCCUGUGGAAGCAAGUCCUUCGUCCGCAAAAUCCAAGUCCAGACGAGAGAAAUCAGCAGAAGAUAACAUCCAGGAUGACGUCCGUGUGUCGUCCGUGCCAACUAUGAAAAUGCCAACAAUCCCCAAGCUGCGUAAGGGCGGAAGUAGCACCCAUAGUGCAUUAUCUGCUGAUAUGAGCGAAGAUGAGGAAGAGUCAUGGCCAGAUAUUCAGUCAUCAUUGUCAUCACAGAGAUCUGCUUCCGACAAAGAGGACGACGCACCUGCACCGCCUCCCCAUAGAACCCCUAGUCAAGCGCUCAAAAAUUCUCCGGUAUUAAGUCCAUCAGCCAAUAAGCAGAAGCGAAGAUCAUCAUCCCCGUUGAAGCACGAAUAUGAGCCUUCGAGUGCUUCUGAUUCAUCUGCUGAAUCCGAUACAUCUACAGUUCGACAUUAUGACAUGGGCUACUCCGACUCCGACAUUUCUGACACUUCCGAUGAGGAGCUAGAAGAUGAGGAUGACCUACUUCCAGGACAUCGUCAGCGUAAACCGGAACCACCUGCAUCCCUUUCCGCCCUAGAAAAUGACACCUUGUCGCCAUCCAACUCGGCAUCCCAAGGGCCCUAUCGAUCCGUUCCUUCUCAACCUUCAAAAGCUUCGAAAGCUAUUGCGACAUUGUUCUUCUGGUCAGACCAAGGAAAGUGGGAGAGCUUGUACCCUGAUGAAUGUGAACUGAUCAUAACUCCAGGGCUUAUUGAAGCCUUUAAGAUAACUUCAAAUGGCGCCGCCGAUCAUGGAGACGAUCAACCGCGGAAGGAUCGCCCUCUAGUUGCCCUAGAGCUAACACCGCUAGUCCCAAUCAGACGUGGUACCGCGAUUGAUAUUAGCAUUCGAUCGCCGCCAACGGAAAGAUCUAGAAUCAAGACCAGCAACAACAUCAUGUUCCGCUCACAGAACGUCGAUGAAUGUGACACUCUUUAUGGCUUCAUCAAUUACUCUCGCAUCCACAACCCUACAUACAUUGCUUUGCAAAACGCUCGUGGGUCUUAUCAGCCUGCAUCCCUCUCUCGAUACAAUUCGACUGGAUCAAACCAAGGAACCAGCUGGUUUGGUUUCCCUCGAAGAAAGAAUAGUUACCGAGCUACAAAGCGUGCACCUUCUGUGGGGAUGAUGUCCGAAAGCAGUGUUGGCUCCAUGAGCAGUGUAUUCUCAGCUUUGAAGAGAUUUGGGACCGGAAGCAAGUUUUUCAGUAUUGCACGGUCGACUGUUACAUCGCGCACAGGAAGUCGUGAUGGAAGCACUGUUUAUUCUGGUGCUGGGGGUGGCUCUGGUCUCGCAGCACUUGCGACGGCUAUUAAGGGUGCAGAUGGAAUUGGCCUGUCGAAUGCAAAGAUCAGACUCUAUGUGCGGGAAAGCACAACGCGAUGGCGCGACAUGGGCGCAGCCCGAUUGACAAUUAUGCCUGUGACACCCAGAUCAUCCCGACCCGGAACCGCUGGUAGCACGAAAGCACCCGCGGAGGAUAUUGAUAGUAAUGAGCCAUCAAAUCCCGAAAGAGACCCUGACGAGUUUGUUGAUGAGCAUAGAGCAGAGGGCCUUAGGAUCCCAACCCCUGCUGCGUCGCUUAGGAGAGUAACAAUGUCACAAGAAAAGCGUAUCCUCAUUCAGGGUAAGACCGCAGGCGAAGUCUUACUGAACGUAUGCCUUGGUGAAAGCUCGUUUGAGAGAGUCGCUCGAACCGGUAUUGCCAUUUCCGUAUGGGAGAACCAUUCCGGAGGAACCAUACAACACAAGGGCGGAGUGACUGGGGGCGCCUUUAGAAUCUUUAUGAUACAGAUGAAAACCGAGGCGGAAGCUGCGUAUACAUUUGGACUGGUCGGGAAACUGCGAUACUAG